UUUCUCCUGAGUCAGGCAGAGGAGAGAAAGCAGGCGGAGCAGCAGGGAAAGGAACUGUUUGCAGACAAGGGCUUGGAUUCCUCAGAGAGGACUCUGUGGGAAACCAGAGAGAGGCUGUUGGGUGACCAAAUGAUGCCAUCAAGACAUGCUCCUCCAUCUUUUCAUGGUGCUGGAGGGGAAGCAGCGGCUGUGGAACCAGAUCAAGGUCCAGUGUGCUUUGAAGAUGUUGCUGUUCAUUUCACAGAUGAGGAAUGGGUGUUGCUGGAUCCUGACCAGAGAGCUCUGCAUAAGGAAGUCAUGGAGGAGAAUCGUGAGGUCAUGGACUCUCUCAGUGCUGAUGAAUUGGAAAUUAAGAACAAGAGAGACCACUGCAAAAUCCACACAGUGGAGAAGCCAUAUAACUACAUGGUGUGUGGAGAAAGCUUCAGUCAGAGCUUCUAUUCCUCUUCCCAUCAAAAAAAUCCCAUUGAGAAGAAACUCUGUCAGUGCUUGAAAUGUGGAAAGAGCUUCAAUUCCAAGAGGAGUCUCACUUCCCAUCAAAAAACUCAUAGCAGGAAAAAAUCAUAUCAGUGCUUGGAAUGUGGAACUCACAGCGGGGAGAGACCAUAUCAUUGCUUGGAAUGUGGAAAGAGCUUCACCUGGAAGGCAAGUCUCACUUCCCAUCAAAUAAUUCAUACAGGGGAGAAACCAUAUCAGUGCUUGGAAUGUGGAAAGCGCUUUAGUCGGAACUUCCAUCUCACUUCCCAUCAAAGAACUCACAGUGGUGAGAAACCGUAUCAGUGCAUUGAAUGUGGAAAGAGCUUCAGUCAGAAGGGCCCACUCACUUCCCAUCAAAGAACUCACAGUGGGGAGAAUCCCUAUCAGUGCUUUGAAUGUGGAAAGAGUUUCACCUGCAAGGAAAGCCUCAUUUCCCACCAAAGAAUUCAUACAGGGGAGAAACCAUAUCAAUGCUUAGAAUGUGGAAAGAGCUUCACUUGGAAGGUAAAUCUUACUUCCCAUCAAAGAAUUCAUACAGGGGAGAAACCGUAUCAGUGUUUGGAAUGUGGAAAGAGAUUCACCCAGAAGGAAGGUCUCACUUCCCAUCAAAGAAUUCAUACUGGGAAGAAACCAUAUCAGUGCUUAGAAUGUGGCGAGAGCUUCGCCUGGAAAGAUAAUCUCACUUCCCAUCAAAGAAUUCACAGCGGAGAGAAACCCUAUCAGUGCUUGGUAUGUGGAAAGAGCUUUAGUCGGAAAGAAAGUGUCACUUCCCAUCAAAGAAUUCAUACAGGGGAGAAACCAUAUCAGUGUUUGGAAUGUGAAAAGAGCUUCAAUCAGAACACCCAUCUCAUUUCCCAUCAAAGAAUUCAUACGGGGGAGAAACCAUAUCAGUGCUUGGAAUGUGGAAAGAGCUUCAGUAAGAGGGCGCAUCUCACGGCCCAUCAAAGAAUUCACACUGGGGAGAAACCAUAUCAGUGUGUUGAA